AUAUUUCUUUUCCAAUUAGAACAAAAUCUCUGCCUGCAAAAGAGUCUAAAAUCUGUAUCCAUACCAUGAAGAUUCAAAAUGGAUGAACUUCUUCUUUCUGAGACUGGAAUGGCAGGAGAAUCUAGCAAUGCUUCACCAAGAAAGCUUUUCCCACCUGCGAAACUUAUUCUAGAGAAAGUCUCCAGCAUGCAUUCUUCAAGCUCAAACAAUGGAGGCCACUCAAGGCGCCAAUCUACUGCCCAUCUAAUCACUACUGACGAGAUUCUUCCCUUCCUUGCAACGCCAAAAUCUUCUUCCUAUGUAAAUCUCGUAGCUAACUUGAACAAAAAGAGAAAACUUAAUCGCCGUUCGCGCUCUGCUCCAUCAGUAUUCACUGAUAUCAAGGAAGAGUAUGAAGAUUCAUUAGAUCCCAGACCCCCUUCAAAUUCAACCCCUUUGAUUGUUCAGCAAGCCUUUAUUGGUGUGAUUUUGUAUGUCAUAAUUGGCAUUGGAAUAUUCAUGGUAAGUGGGAGCUUCAAAGGGCAUACAACGUUCAAGCCCGUAGAUGCCCUUUACUUCACUGUGGUCACACUUUGCACCAUUGGGUAUGGUGAUAUUGUUCCAGACACCACAUUUACCAAACUUUUUGCUUGUUUUUUCAUCUUGGUUGGUUUCGGGUUCAUUGAUAUUUUGCUUAAUGGUUUGGUGACAUAUAUUUGUGAUAGGCAAGAGGCCGUGCUGUUAAGCGCUGUUGAUGAGAAUAAGUUCAACACCAUGGUUCAAACAUAUAUGAUAGAUAAAGAAAAGGGAAGGAUGAGGAUAAGAACGAAAGUAUUCUUGGCUUUGGCAGUUGUUUUUGGGUGCAUAGCUAUAGGAACAGUUUCAGUGCAUUUUUUAGAGGACAUGAACUUCGUUGAUAGUUUUUAUCUCUCUGUUACAUCUGUGACAACAGUAGGAUAUGGGGAUUAUGCUUUCACUACAAUAAAAGGAAGGUGUUUUGCAAUUUUUUGGCUGUUAAUAAGCACAUUGGCAGUUGCUAGGGCUUUUCUGUACUUGGCUGAGUUGAGAAUUGACAAGAGAAAUCGAAGGAUUGCAGCAUGGGUUCUUCAAAAGAAGGUUACCUUAAGAGAUUUAGUAGCAGCGGACCUUGACAACGAUGGAUGCAUUAGCAAAUCUGAGUUCAUCAUAUACAAACUUAAGGAGAUGGGAAAGAUAGCAGAGAAAGACAUCCUGCAGAUCGCCAAACAAUUUGAUUCAUUAGAACACAACAAUUAUGGAAAAAUAACUCUAGCUGAUCUAAUGGAAAGUCAAUGAUUUAUAAAUCCUUGAGAAGCCUACAAGUGGAAGCAUUAUCUAAAUCUUUCCUCGGCAACAAACAGAUGCAAAAGGGUACAGCAGCAUGUUUAUCAUGCCCAGCCUGUCAUAUAUACAUGAUAUGAAGUAGAUGGUCUUCAUGGUUUCAUUCCUUCUCCAGAGCAGAAAAUGCCAGAUGAUAACCAUAUAUCUGGAGAAAUUCUUUUGAACAUACUUUCAACAAAAAUUGAUUCUCUGUUAUGUAUCUUUUGGAGGAUUUGGCUAUAUAUUGGCUCCUAAAGUACAUAUAUUCUUUAAGAAUGUAAAUAUAGGAAUACUAAAUGUAGAUGCUUUUGAAUAUUUGAAGAAGCAUGAAGCAUCUUAGAAUGUCUUUCCAUAUCCAAUUCUAGUGAAAGCUCAUACAUUACAUA